UCAAUGGAAGCAAUGAAAACCCAUGGGCAGUACUGAGCUUUGACGGCAGAAUGGUCUAUGAGAGCAUUAUUGAAUCUACGGAGGAGUUUGAUGCCAAAUAUUGCAUCGGUGUGGGAGGACAUGGUAGUGUUUACAAGGCCCAGCUGCAAACAGGUGAGACUAUUGCUGUAAAGAAACUUAAGGAAGCAGUUGACGUCGAAAUUCCCAGCCGAAAAGCAUUUGAAAGGGAGAUUCAUGCCCUGACCGAAGCUCGACAUCGAAAUAUUGUCAAGCUCUAUGGCUUUUGCUCGAGUUCUCGACAUUCAUUUUUGGUGUACGAGUUCUUCAAAUCUGGCAGCUUGAAGGAUGUAUUGAACGAUGAACAGAGGAUAACAGCAUUUGGUUGGAAUGAGAGAGUGAAUGUUGUAAAAGGUGUGGCUCAUGCUUUGUCCUACAUGCACCAUGAAUGCUCUCCUCCCAUAGUUCAUCGAGACGUGUCUAGCAAGAACAUUUUACUAGACGAAGAAUACGAAGCUCAUGUCUCCGAUUUUGGCGCGGCUAAGGUUCUACAACCUUACUCAUCCAAUUGGACUUCCUUCGCAGGAACUUUUGGAUAUGCAGCUCCAGAGCUCGCAUACACGAUGGAGGUGAAGGAGAAAUGUGAUGUUUAUGGCUUUGGAGUGGUGACAUUGGAAGUAAUCAUGGGUAGACAUCCAGGCAAUCUCAUAUCGUCUCUCGCAUCCUCAUCUUCUUCAUCAUCAACCAAUUCAGCAGCUUCACGUUGGCCCCUAAAACAAGCUCUAGAUCAAAGGAUUCCAUACCCAGAUGGUGAUUGGCUAGGUCAAGUGGCUUUCAUUGUAAAGAUGGCAUUUACAUGCUUGAGUGCAAAACCAGAGCAUCGUCCAAGCAUGGAGCAAGUGUCUCAAGAGAUAUCGGCACGUAGGUCCUUAAUAAUAAGCACGUUGGAGGACAUAAAAUUAGAAGAGCUAGUUGAUCCUGGAUGCUUCCCUUAUUGACCUUCUGGUCUUUCUGUUGCAGAUUGUGUAGCAAUUUCUCUCUUUUGUUUCUCUUACAAGGAUGGUAUGCAGGGUAUCACUUAUUUUCCCAGUGAUUUAUUAACUACUU